GGUAAUAUUUUUGUUGCCAUCAGCAAGUGCUUCCCAAGCGGCAUCAGGCUGGUCUGCCACCGCUUUGCACUGUUUUAAUCUCUUGGGUCAGGUCUCCUUGAAGUGUUCCCAUCAUGGCCUCCAAUGUCAUACCUUGGUAUAAGAAGAAGCAAGUGACCCAAGUUAAAAGUGAUUAUGCUUAUCAUCACAGUAAACAUGUUGUCCAGCAGCAGACAGAAAGGAAAUCCAGCUCUAAGUCAGCUAGCCAGGUGCAGGCUCAGGCCACUGAGGCUAUGGCAGAACCAGCCUAUACCGUACCAGUGUUCCGGCAGAGGACUGCUGAGGAAACUGAGGAGUACCAGAGAGUGACCACAAAUGUUGGAAAAGGACUAGCUGUUAUUCAGGAGGAGCUUCACAGGAUGAGGAUGGCAACCAAAGCUCAAGUGGACAGUAUUGCUAUCCAAAAAGAGGUGUGUUGUGAGUGAUACGGCUGAGUACAGCGCUGUGGCAACCAACCAGCAUGGCACGGCUACCAGCAAGGCUUCAAUCAUUGUGAAGAGACCUGGAGGAGCCUCAGAGUCCUGCCAGCUUGGUCUAGUGCCCCAUCUGACUGAGAUCCAUCCCAGUAAGCUUGAGGUCACCCUGCUCGAGAGGUUCCCAGUUAGCUUUGGAGUGGAGGGCAACUCCAUCAAGCUAGUGUGUACUAUGGUGGUUGUUCCUGACCUUCCCAAUGUUCCACCCCUCGCCCAGUGGUACAGAGAUGAUAAACUGCUGAAACCAAGUAAUCUAGCAGAGAUGUCAGUGAGUGGAGGUGCAGCGUAUCUCGCUCUGCCUCACCUGGCCAAGGACGAUGAAGGCCUCUACACUCUGCGCAUCUUUACAAAGGACGGCACCGCUGAGCACAGCGCUUAUCUGUUUGUUUCCGGCUACGUAACAAUCCCCGGUGAACCUACGAAUGUUCACGCAUCAGAGAUUUUCAAAUCGUACGUGGUGCUGAGCUGGAAGCCUCCCAGCCCCCGCGGACAAGCACCGCUGUGGUACGUCAUUGAAAAGUGCUUAGCAGGCACUGGAGCAUGGCAGCGGAUCAGCACAGCAAUCAAACUGUGCUCCCCUCGUUACCCUGUUUUUGAUUUGCAAGACGGGCAAAAGUACCAGUUCCGAGUCUAUUCAGUCAACAUGUAUGGCUCCAGCGAGGCCUCGGCGCCCUCUGAGCCCGUCCAAAAGGUUGACGAAUAUGGUGUCCCGUCAGCUCCUGGUCAGGUUGUAGCCACCAGAAACACCAAGUCAUCUGUUUUUGUUCAAUGGGAAGCUCCCAAACAUCAGAAAAACCUCAUGGGAUAUUACAUUGAUGGCCGCGCUGUUGGAUCCAAAGAGUGGUUCGCUUGUAACCACAAACCCUUCAGACAUAACCGGUUUGUGGUCCACGGCCUGAUCCCAGGAGAGACCUAUGUGUUCCGAGUCCAAGCGGUCAACGUGUUCGGCCUCAGUGAGGAGUCUCAGGAGUCUUCCCCCGUCGCUGUGGAGCCGGCCCUCGCAACUCCCAGUGCUCCUUACGGCAUUACCAUGCUGAGUAGUGAUGGCUCGUCCAUAACUGUGGCCUGGAAGAGCCCCAAACACUGCGGGGGCUCCAAGGUCAACGCCUACUACAUCGACAAGCGUGAUGCUGACACUCUGGUGUGGAAGGAAGUCAACCUGUCUGCGGUCACAGAGAGGAUCUGCACUGUGGACAACCUGAAAGAGGGAACAUUUUACGAGUUCAGGAUUCAGGCUGGUAAUCUGGCUGGUGUUGGUCUACCGUCAGCUCCCAGUGCUCCAAUGAAGUGUGAAGCUUGGACCAUGGCAGAGCCAGGGUCAGAAGAUCAGCCACGAUGUGGCUUCUGGUGUGAUCCAGAUGACCGUGGAUCAUUUCACCAGAGCCAACGAGGGCACAUACACAGUCCAGAUCCAUGACGGCAAGGCCAAAACCCAGAGCUCACUGGUGCUGGUGGGAGAUGUGUUCAAAGCUGCUCUGAAGGAGGCCGAGUUUCAGAGAAAGGAGCACAUCCGGAAGCAAGGUCCACAUUUCUCUGAGUAUCUGUAUUUCACAGUCACUGAGGAUUGUACCGUUCUACUCGCCUGUAAGGUGGCUAAUGUGAAGAAGGAAAGUGCUUUCCACUGGUACAAAGAGGAUGAAGAGAUUGUUCCGGAGACUCCCCCCAACGUCAUGUCUGGAGCUUGUGCUCUUCCUCUCCCUCUGUUCUCCAGGAAAGAUCAAGGUGUUUACAAGGCUGUGCUCAGUGACGACAGAGGAAAGGACACUUCUGUGUUUGACGUUUCAGGCAAAGUGUUUGAUGACAUUAUCAAUGGCAUUGCCCACAUUGCUGGUGCAUCUGCUUCUGACCUGGUGAUGCAGUGUACUCCAGAGGGCAUCAGACUGCAGUGCUACAUGAGUUACUAUACGGAGGAGAUGAAGACAGUCUGGAAACACAAGGGAAAUAAGAUCGCCUCCUCUGAGAAGAUGAGGAUCGGUGGCACAGCGGAGAUGGCCUGGAUGCAGAUCUGUGAUCCCUCUGAUAAGGAGAAAGGUCAAUACUCCAUUGAGAUCUCAGAUGGUGUAACGACCCACACCAGGACCUUUGACCUCUCUGGACAAGCGUACACUGAUGCAUAUGAAGAGUACUUAAGACUCAAGGCUGCUGCAUUUGCUGAAAAGAACCGUGGAAGAGUGGUUGGUGGUCUGCCUGAUGUGGUCACCAUUAUGGAGGAGAAGUCUCUGAGCCUGACCUGCACCGUGUGGGGCGAGCCAACCCCAGAGGUCUCCUGGUUCAAAAAUGAGCAGGAAGUUGCCUCCAACGAGCACACCAAAGUAACUUUCGACGGUGGCAAGUUCGCCAGCAUCGUCAUCAACAAGGUCACUCCCGAAGACUCUGGCAAGUACAGCAUCAACGUUCGGAACAAGUACGGUGGAGAGUUUGUCGAGAUCACCGUCAGCGUCUACAAGCAUGGAGAGCAGAUCCCUGAGCCCAAACUGGGACAGCCUAAAACAGCCACGCCAGCAUCCACGCCUGCACCACCAAAGUCCCCAGCUCCCCCAUCCAAGACCCCCACCCCAUCUAAGGCUCCAACCCCAGCACCGUCCCAGAAGAGCUCAACUCCUGCCUCCACCCCGGUUCCCAAGUCCCCAACCCCAACUCCACCUCGCAGUGUCAAAUCCCCAACCCCACCCAGAUUCAUGAAGUCUCCCACCCCACCCAGAAAGUAAGGAGUGGUGAUAUGUGAAGAGGAACCUUUUCCUGUUAGCAUCAUUGCUCAUUAGCAUGAGUUGAAACCAGCAGCCGUUAGUUUAGAGCUGAUUUAGUUGUAGACAACUCGUGUGCCAAAGUCAAAACUGCUGCUUCUGCUGCUGUGGCACAUUUCAGUAGGUGGUUCAUAAGCAGUUACAUGAUACACGAUGCUUCAUUGUUUCAUUUGUGACUCACGCAGGAGAAACAGAAGAAAAGCAAAAGACCUACAUAGAUUGAAGUUUAAUGUUUUCAAAGCAGAACCUUCCACUGUUCCGUGCACGUGGAAUGCCUUUAUCAUGUUUUAGGACUGUCAGAGCAUAUUUAAGGUUUAUUGCAUGUGGGGUCUUAUUUCCAGGAGCUGGUCAGUGGUGUGGGAGGGAGGAGGUGUGCUGUCUCUGGAUCAUUACGCAGUUUCAAACGUCAGCUUGAAGUUUUACAUCCAUCCAGAAGCUUGUGCUUCUCGUGUGCUCACUUUGAGCUUCACCUCCAUCAAGAGCUUACAUUUGGAUCUUAUGCAUCACAGACUUGGGCAUAGAUCAUUUUUACAUUAAUAACAUCCGUCAACGUCCAAAACUACUGAAAUCAGACCCAUGUUGUAAUGAACAAGAUUUGUACUUCAAACUGGAUCAGUGUUGGAAAGUGUUACCACAUACAACAGACUACUGCUUUUAAUUUGUCCUCCUGUCAGCUGUUUUUGUCCUCUCCCAUGUGCAUCGUACUUGAAUUAUCACAAAGCCUGAACAUGUGAGUAAUCGUAUUCUCCUCCUGCCAGAAAGGUCCAUCUGUCUCUGAAUUGUUUUUGUCUUCUGGUGCUUUGUGAUGGUAAUAAACUGUCCUCAUCAAC